AUUCUUCAAAUUUUAUUCAUUAAAUGCCCUCACUCCAUAUCACGAUGCACGCCACAUCGAAUUAGGGCCUGCAACUGCUGCGAGAGCUUGGCUUCUUCUCCAGCCAGUUCUUCUCUUCCGGCUCUUCUUCUCCGAUCAACAGCCCAGGUUAUGCCAUUUUUUGGGGGAGAUAAUCUGAUUUCCUGGCGGUCUAAAAAGCAGCCCACGAUAUCUAAAUCGUCUACGGAGGCUGAGUAUCAGGUUGUUGCAUAUACCGUUCAGGAUACACUUUUUAUUCGCUCUCUUCUUGCCGAUAUGGGCUACUAUGUGCCCAAACCAGUUCAGCUCUACUGCGACAACGUUUCAGCCUCAUAUUUAGCACUGAAUCCAAUAUAGCAUGAUCGGAGCAAGCAUAUCAAGAUUGAUUAUCAUUUUGUCAGGGAACGAGUAGCUCAUGGUGAUCUUAUUGUUAAAUACAUUCCCACACAAUUUCAGUUAGCCGAUAUAUUUACGAAAAACUUGUCUAGUCAGCGUUUUGAAUUUUUAAAACCCAAUCUGCGCGUCAUGUCUUCUGCUCAGAUUGAGAGGGUGUAAUAGCCCAGUAUAUUUUAGGAUAUUAUUGUACCUUCCAUAUUAUCAUUCUAUUAUAAAUAUACCAUAAGGCUACCUAGUUUGGUAAGCCAUUAUUCCCAUAA